AUGGAGGUUGAUGCGGCGGGGUCCAGCGACAGCGGGGACGAGGUCGAGGAUGGAGAGGACAGCGAUGGUGACGCGAAUCCCGACGAGGUCGGGGAGGCGGCAGCAGCGAGCUUCAGGACGGAGCUCCAGGCGGCGGCUUGGUGCUGGGGACGACGUGGAUGCAGCCGGAUCCGUCCUGGAACGGGAAGGGGCGGCGGAGGCCGGCCGGACUUGCUCGUUGGUGCGGCGGAGGUCGGGGCCGAAGGACGUGGAGGCGCGGAUCCGGCCAAGUCCGGGGCGGGGACGGUGGCGCAAGGACGGUGGUUCCUCGGGGCGGGCGCACCGGCGGGGGUAGGGCUCCCGCGCGGGGAGCGUGGCAGCGCUGGAGAAGCGAGAGGGAGUGGGGAGGGGAGCGUGCGUGCGGUGGUUGCCCCGAUCCAGAAGGGGAUCGGGGAGAGCGGGGAGGGGGAGAUUGCGUGGGGGUAG